CACAGUCUGGUCAGUUUGUUCUGACUCUCAAGCAUAUGUCUCUAACCUCUGAACACAAACAUGGAUUUUUUCUCUCUCCUUCAGCGACAUCUUUGGCUCGCCCUGCUGUGUUCUGUCGACUUUUAUGCAUCAGUUCGGCACUGCACCGUGGAGAUGGAGCCGGUGAUCGACCCGCCCAGUCUGGUGGUCAAGUACGGAGACCCGGCCUCCGCCAUCUGCCGCACGCAGCACAACGCUUUCUUGAUUGGCUGGGACGCGCCGGUGGAGGCCACACGUGCAGCGGGCCCCCACCAGGCGGUCUGGGGGGUGUCGAGUCUGACCGACUGGACACUAGCAAGAGGCGUAACAUGCUACAGCGUUUAUGUUGGAUAUCCGGAAUGCGUGGCCAUGCUGUCCAUCACCAUUUACAAAAUUCCCGAGAGUGUGACGCUAAGCCACUCUGAUCCGGUGCUUGAGGAAGCGGAGAACCGGCUGGAGUUCUCGCUGGAGUGUGAGGUCAAGGGCGUAGCUCCGGUCGAGAACCUCACCGUCAUCUGGUUCCGAGGGGACACCGAGCUGGGGCGCCGCGAGUUCCCUGAGCUCUAUCGGCCUGACAACGUCACCGUGAGAACUAAUCUGAAUAUCACGGCUUCCGUAGAGGACCGGGAGGCCUCCUACAGCUGUGCUGCCCAACUGGACCUGAACACAACUAAGCCCAUUCCUGACACCAGAUCCAACAGGAUCCUGCUGGAAGACUUAUACAAAUACGCAAGAGGGGAAUCCGGUGGGGAUGUGAGCCCAUCAGCAGGGGGCGCUCUGGAGACGAAUUACACGGCUGAUGCCAAUCCCGGUGUGAUGGAACCCAGCGGAGAGUUACCUUCUGCGGGUAAGUCGAUGGGAGUCGCAAUAGGGGUGGUGGCCGUUGUGGUGCUGGUUCUGACCCUAGCUGUGGUGGUUCUGGUCUGGUGGAAAUGCGUCAAAAAGUGAUGAGAGCACAUCCAACUCACAGCCCACAAAGGAACCCAACCCAAGAACCCAUGAUCCAAGAACCCAUGGUCCACAAUUGUGGCUGACCAUACUACUACAGACAGAGGAACCCCCACUUCCUCUGAAUCAGUAUUUCUUGUUAUCCGUGGAUUCAGUCAUUCAUGGUUCACCAUGACUGAAAACAAUGAAGUUGUAUAGACAAUGAUGAAAUAUGGUUUACAUGUACAUUUCACAUUCUGUGCCACUCUGCGCGCCAUCACGUUUAACUUAUAUGUAAUGUGAAGUGACAUUAACCUUAUAUAUUUCAUCUUAUGCAUCACCUGCCUAUACGUUGUAUAUCACAUUGCACUUUUCUGCUCUUCUGGUUUGGACACAAACUGUAUUUUUGUCGUUUUUGUACUCUGUACUCUGCACAAUGAUAAUAAAGUUGAAUCUAAUCUAAUUAAGGUUCAGGUAUGACCACGCCUGCAAACAGGCACGUAGGAACGUAGUUAGCAUUGGGGGGGACAAGGAGGAGGUUUUUUAGAUUAAUAAAUAAAAGGGGGCGAAUUAUAAGUCACACGAGAGAUAAAAACAUAUUGCGGAAAUUUAAAUGGCCCACUGUAAGAUGCCUCUUUGAAAAUAUGUAUUUCUGUAUUUUUCUUUGAUAUGUAACCCAUUUUUGGAACUGAUUGGGUAGAACAUCUGCGCAUAUUCAUAAGACAUUUUCCUCCCUGAAAAAGCACACAGAGCAGUAUGUCUGUAGGGCAACCGAAACUGACUUCCCCAAUGCUUCCCCGCAGCACAUUUCAUUUUAAAAGCACAAUAUAGGAUGAACAAAGUGUAUGGACUUGCUAUAUUAAAUCCAGGUGACCAGAUAAUUGGGGGGGUCCCGUCCCAUAGUGUAUAUGAGGUUAGGUACGAGUUGAGACUUUCCAGUGGCCUGCUUUCCCUCCGUCUUCACCUCCUCAUUUUUAUUAGGCUGAGUGACACCUUAGUGACACCCCGGCGAUGGUCGGAAACACACUGAGUGACAUCUUGAUUUCAAAAUAGGAAAUGUGAUAAAAAAAAAAAAAAAAAAGACUCAGGGCCCAUUUAUCUCUGUUUGGACAAGAGGCAUUCCUUGAGCAUCUUCGCCAUUACUGGUCACUCUGUGUGCAUUAGUAUUUAAUUUAUUGAAAAUAAGAGGAAUGCAAGACUACGGGAUAUAUAAGAGAAAAUAAGAGAUAAAGAGUUCAGAUGCAAAAGCCUCUAAAUCCACUUUUGUCAAAAAUGAGAUAAUGAUGGUGAGUGAAUGCUCCUCACAUAUAGUGUAAGUUAAUUCAAUAAUUUAGCUUAAAAACUCACUAAAUACCAUUCUCUUCCUGGUCUAAAAUAUUGAUUUGUAGGCGAAACCCUAUAGGAGAUACAAAAUGCUCAUUUAAAAGGAAAGUGGUCAGACGGAUUUAGAGGCUUUUGCAUCUUGUAUUACAAGCAGCAACAUCAAUUUUAAUAUGUUUACAGACACACAUGUAUGAUCGACCAUUAUGAUAGUCAUUGACUGGCCUGUUCUGAGGCAG